CCAUCUCCACUUACUCUGCACCAAGCAGCUGUGAAUCCCUUUGCCUCUUGGGUCUCAUAGUCAUUCAUACUGAGAGCACCAGAAGCACUCAGAAUUUCUCAAUUCAGCAAACACUCCAUGGACACACUGAGCGAAAGGAGGGAGUACAGAAAAAAUUUCACUCAAAUUUAUUUUUAUGACCCACAUAUUUCUGGCUUUGAGCUCACAGAUGCUGACAAGCACCUCUCUAUUAGAAGUUACUUCAUCUGACCCAUUUUGUAAAGAAAACUUGCCCUCACACAAACACCACAUUUCCCUGUAUCUAUGGGGACAAGACUGUUUCCUUGAGAGAAAAAGUGCAGAAGCCCUCCAGGCAAACUCAGCAUCAUGAAAUGUAGUUCACAACAUUGUGAUUGCAUGAACAUUUUCCACACAGAAAUCUCUGACUUGAACCUUUGUACUCCUUGGACAGGUCCUGGUGCCCAGAAGUCCCAGAUGGCCAACAGCAGCUCCAUCAGCGAGUUCCUCCUCCUGGCGUUGGCAGACACGCGGCAGCUGCAGCUCCUGCACUUCUGGCUCUUGCUGGGCAUCUACCUGGCUGCCCUCCUGGGCAACGGCCUCAUCAGCACAGCCGUAGCCUGCGACCACCGCCUGCACACCCCCAUGUACUUCUUCCUCCUCAACCUCGCCCUCCUCGACCUGGGCUGCAUCUCCACCACUCUCCCCAAAGCCAUGGCCAAUGCCCUCUGGCACACCAGGCACAUCUCCUACGCAGGAUGUGCUGCACAGCUCUUUUUCUUUGCCUUCUUCAUCUCAGCAGAAUAUUCCCUUCUCACCGUCAUGUCCUAUGACCGCUACGUUGCCAUCUGCAAGCCCCUGCACUACGGGACCCUGCUGGGCACCAGAGCUUGUGCCACCAUGGCAGCAGCUGCCUGGGGCUCUGGGCUUCUCCAUUCCUUGCUGCACACUGCCAAUACAUUUUCCCUGCCUCUGUGCCAAGGCAAUGCUGUGGAUCAGUUCUUCUGUGAAAUCGCCCACAUCCUCAAGCUCUCCUGCUCAAAAUCCUAUCUCAGAGAAGUUGGGCUUAUUGUGAUUACUGCCUUUGUUUUACUAGGGUGUUUUGUUUUCAUUCUUUUCUCCUAUGUGCAGAUCUUCAGGGCCGUGCUGAGGAUGCCCUCUGAGCAGGGACGGAACAAAGCCUUCUCCACGUGCCUCCCUCACCUGGCUGUGGUCUCCCUGUUUCUCAGCACUGUCAUGUUUGCCCACCUGAAGCCCUUCUCUAUUUCCCUCCCAUCCCUUGACCUGGUGGUGGCACUUCUGUAUUCAGUUGUUCCUCCAACACUGAAUCCUAUUAUCUAUAGCAUGAGGAACCAGGACAUCAAGCAUGCCCUCAGCAAAAUGUUGCAAUAUGCACUACUCCAGCUUCAAUAAAGUAAGCAUUGUCCUCA